CCGGCAAGAUGGUGGUCACCAGGUCCGCACGCUCUCGGGCUGGGCUCCAAGCCCGAUCGGCUGAAAGCUCCCAGCAGGAGAGUUAUGCUGCUAAAGGGAUUCAAGUGCAUCCAAAAAGCAGGAAGGAAUCUGGAUCUGAUGACAGAAGUACUGGUGAAUCACAGACCCCUGGGGGGAAAAGUUCAAUACCUAAAGCUCCUAAAACCAUUAGGAGGAAAAGCAGAACUACAGGCUUACUACCAGAGAAAGCCGAACCAUCUACUAAUGGAGAAAUCUCUGAAGCAGAGUCAAAUUGUUCUUCUGUGUCUGAGCUCCAGGAACCCAUUUUUAGAAUAACUAGGAGAAGGCAGAUCUUAAUUUCAUGCACCCCUGUGUCCAGUGUUAGGAAAAGGCCAAAACUAACUCCUUCUCAUACUGAAGAAGUCCUCUCUGAAGCAGAAUCUCAUGUUUCAGGUAUUUCUAGAAUUGUGAAUUCCACAGAAAUACCUACAAGAACCAAAAGAAGUAAGGCUAAAUCUAUAAUAGAUCCAAGCCAAGAAUCACACGCGGAAGGUAUAUCUGAUGCUGAGUCAUCGUGCUCAGACAUUUCAUUUUCUGGAAUUGCAACUAGGAGAACCAGGAGUGUGCAGAGGAAAUUACAGGCACAAACUGAGAAGACAGAUACUAAGAUUGUACCAGGAAAUGAAAUCAUGGAUAUACCUAUGAAUUUAGAGGAUUCAGAUACCAGAUACACUUCUCAUUUACAAGCAAGAUCUCUUUCUCAAAUAAAUGAGCCAAAUUUCUGUAACAAUGAAAUUUUUAAUGACUUUGAUGAUGAUUCCUUCCACAGAAGUUCAGAAAAAAUACUAACGGUACAAAAACGCCAACAUUUUAAUGUAAGAGGGGAAAAGCAGGACAACGUUGCCUCUCUCGAAGAAAUAAGCAAGCAGAAUUGUAAGGCUUCGGACGAAGAGGCCAAUGUGAUAAUAGAUGAGAGAAAAGAAAUGAAUGAGAAGAAUUCUCAGCUGACUCUUUCUGAACUACAGGAGAUUGUUUUUCGAGGGCGUUUGACCCCCCAAAAUGACAAAAUCACAUCAGAGCCCUCAAAUCUGAACUGUGGGGCUGUAGUGAAAUCAUUAGCUCAAACAUUCGCAGUUGUGGAAGUGGACAGAUGGGAUGAAGAGAGAAAAAGCACCAUAAAAACAAGUGACUUGACAAAGUUUGAGGAUUGUGGUAGUAGUUAUGAUGAUAAAGAGUCCUCAAUUAUAGGUGUAGGCAACGACAUGAGUAGUGAAAGGAAUUUAGGUUGUGAUACCAAACUAUACACCUCUGAGCUCAACACAUCUCAGGAUAAAGAUGAUUCCGUUUUAUUAGUUCUCAGCAGUGAUGAAAGCCAGCAGUCUGAAAACAGUGAAAAUGAAGAGGACACUUUGUGUUUUGUUGAAAAUAGUGGCCAAAAGGAGUCAUUGAGUGGAGACUUGGGAAAUACGUCAUGUGACAAUACAUUGUUUGUAAUUGACACAACUCCUGGAUUGAGUGCUGAUAAAAAUUUUUACUUGGAAGAGGAAGACAAAGCAAGUGAGGUUUCCACUGAGGAAGAAAAAGAGGAAGAAGAGGAAGAAAAAAGUGAAGAAGAACCAUCAGACAGUGACAGAAAUAAAGAUAGUGAGUUUAGUGAUGAAGAUGACUUACUAAAUAGCACAAAGUCUAAACUUCUGAAGUUGACAAGCAGCAGCAUAGACCCUGGUCUGAGUAUCAAGCAGCUGGGUGGUUUGUAUAUUAAUUUCAAUGCAGACAAACUACAGUCUAAUAAGAAAACCCUAACACAGAUCAAGGAGAAAAAGAAAAGUGAGCUUCUGCAGAAAGCCAUCAUUACACCUGAUUUUGAAAAAAACUACUGUGUCCCACCAUAUAGUGAAUCGAAGCAUCAACUUCAGAAAAAACGCAGAAAAGAGCGACAGAAAACUGCAGGGGAUGGCUGGUUUGGUAUGAAAGCUCCAGAAUUGACAGAUGAACUGAAAAAUGAUCUCAAAGCACUGAAGAUGAGAGCAAGCAUGGACCCAAAAAGGUUUUACAAGAAAAAUGAUAGAGAUGGCUUUCCUAAGUACUUCCAGAUUGGAACCAUUGUUGACAAUCCAGCUGACUUUUACCAUUCACGAAUUCCCAAGAAACAAAGGAAAAGAACUAUUGUGGAAGAAUUGCUGGCUGAUUCUGAGUUCAGAAGAUUUAACCGGAGGAAGUACUCAGAAAUCAUGGCUGAAAAAGCAGCAAAUGCAGCAGGAAAAAAGUUCCGAAAGAAGAAGAAAUUUCGCAAUUAAGAUUCACCAAGCAAACCACAGUAUUUACAUCUCCCUUUUAUUUAUUUACUAGAGAUGUUUUGAAACCUAACACCAUCACAUAAAUUAACAUAGACUGGCCCUGUUAUAGAGGUUUCUGUUUGGAAAAUGUUGAUUUAUUUUUUGCAGAGUUCUCAGUGCUUGGUUAUUUAAAGAAAGUUUAAUUAAAAGCUAUUUAGAAAGUAUAACAUGUUCAAAAACUUUAAAAAAUGAUCAAAGCUAUAUAAACAAUAUUGUAAUUAAUAUGUAAUUCAGUAUGGGGGAGAUGGUAAACAGACAAUGCCCUAUAAUUAGCUGCAAAUUCAGAUCCAGAAAGUUGAUGAAGUUGGGAUACAGAUAUCUCUUUAUUUCUAGUAUAAGUCACAGUUGAAAACAAAGGAAUGAAACAGGAGGAAAAAUUGAUUUUUAUCCAGACUCAAUGUUGUGUUCCAAACGAAACAAUUAAACAAUAUAAUUUGAACUUGGCCAGGUGAAGUGGCCUAUUUUAUCUCAUGUCCAAUAGCACAGGUAGGCAUCCUGGCUAAGCUGCUUUCUGGCACCCAGUGAGUGUUGGUCAUUUCUAUUAAUGCUUCUUGGUGAGUUGUAGCUUACUUUACAUCAUUAUUUACUGGUCCUUUAUUUUCCCAGCAUACCACUUCCUUGAGAUUUCAGUAAAUGUGAAAUCUCAUAUUUUAAUUUUACUGCUUAGGGUCACAAGCAACCUAGAAAUAGCAGAACAGAUAGUAACAUUCAUAAGUGGAGUUAGGGAAGCAUCUGUGUCUAUUCUUUUAAGAAAAACUUUUAUUUCAAGAAUAUUAUGUUUUGUCUUCUACUGGGUAAAAUGAGGAUCUGGUAUGAGAGAAUUAAAUAUCAAAACAGGAAGAAGAAAUAACUGAGUUAAUCUAUACUUUAUGCUUCUACCAGGAUACGUUAUUAGCAGAACAUUUCUUCAACUUAUGCUUUUAUGCUGUAAGAACACCCAAAGUUGUAGAUCAUUUGGUAUGUUUCUCUGCACAGACAGAACUGAGGAUCAACCCAGUUAUUCUCAGGCUCCAAGUGUGGAUCACCUUAAUCUGCCAUAUGAUUUUCAUGCUGUUUUCUGAUGCAUGAAUUCUAGAACAGGUUAAAUCAAUAUUUCAAGACUGCACUUAGAGCAAAAUGUGUUUUGAGUAUUUACUUUUAGUUACAUUUUAACAUGUAACUAACAAUUUGUUUUGUCUCCACUGAUUCAUCUUUAUUUUGUUACAUGUAUUUUGUAAGCCACUUAAAUAACGGAGCAAAGUAGAGUUUUUAACAAAUGUAAAAUAUU